UGAGCACGUUAAUCCAUUUCUCAGUGUGUCAUCCUGAUCUUUCUAUUUGGGGUUUGUGUUUGGGUUUCUAUUUACAUCUAGCUGACUUGUGAAACUGCUGAGUCAGACUCUCACCGCCUGGGAAACGCGUUUCUUUACCUCCCACAGACACAGGUAGUCCUCACACUGACCACGCCCUCUACCAGGUGAGUCAAAUCCACAGCCAACAAAGCCAGGCAGGAUUUCACAGCUCGCAUCUUCUCCAAAAACCAGGAAGGAUGGAGGCGUGUAUGAUGAAGCCAGAUGUCAAAAAGAAACCAAAGCCGCCUAAACCACCUCCAAAACCUGCAGAGGCGAAAAGAAGUGACCCAGAGAGACAUGAGAAACCACAUCCUCUGGUGCCUCCACGACCGACAGACUCUGAACUGAGUCAUACACAGUACCGCACGAAAACAGCAGCAACAGCAAACAAAGAGGUUAAAGAACACUUGAAACAAAGGGAGACAAAAGUGAAACUGGAUGAAACUCCCGUGGUUCCACCCAGACCAACAGACCAGGAAAUGAGGGCUACAACCAGGUACAGCCAGCGCAGGAGUGUACAGGCUGAGGACACACAGAGCUCCAGAACAAAUGACCAGUCAGACGUUCCCAAAGAUGAAGCAGACUUCAUCAAACAGAGUGAUCAGACGGUCCUGACUGGGGUGUUUCAGCGGAGCCGAAAAGAAAAAACAACUACGUUCACUAGUUAUGUGUUCGAUGACUCUGACAAAAAGGAAAAAACUGAUGAUGUUCCUGCCAAACAGGCUUCUGGCAGCAAACCGGGCGGUCUGAAGGGAGUAAUGAAAGGGUUGCAAUUCAAGUCGUCACCAAAGGCCAGCAGAGAGCCGAGUCCAGACCCGAGCGCAGAGGAAGCAGCCUCCGAAAAGGAACAAUCUGUAGAAAAAAACAAGCAGGAGAAGAAUGUGAAACCCAAAGAGGACAUAGGAGAUCUGAUUGCUGGAAUGUUCCGGAAAUCUCCCAGAGAGAAAUCACCGUCUCCAGCAGUGACGGUCAGCAAAGCUGACUGCGAUCCGGAAGAUAAUGAAGAAGCAGAUAAGAAGAGUUCCGAACAAUCCCAAGGAAAAGGAGGCUUGUUCUCUGGCAUCCUUAAGAAACACAAUAAAACAGCAGACGAGGCACCUGCGCAGGACAGUCUGAGUGUCAACAGUGAGCUGUCUGCCAGCAGCGACAGUCUGUCUGAAAGCAACAGCAACAAGGAAAAAGGAGGAAUAUUCAGCGGGAUGUUCAAGAAGUCUCCGAAACCAGCAGAAGCUGCUCAGACUGAUGAGGACCAACAGGCUCUACAAGAGAAUUUGUCAGGCAGUAAUGAUAAUCUGUCUGAAAACACAAAGGAGAAAGGAGGAAUUUUCAGCGGGAUUCUCAGAAAGUCUCCCAAGCCUCCAGGAGAGGGAACGCCGGGGCAGGAUAAAGAGUCGCUGCAAACGGACCCGUCAGACAGUAAUGACACUAAUGAGAACGGCACCAAAGAGAAAGGAGGAGGAAGUGUUUUCAGUGGGAUGUUCAAGAAAUCUCCCAAACUGUCUGAGGCCCCCCGACUGAAGGAGGAGGCAGAGACGUUACACAGUGAACUCUCUGCCAGCACUGACAGCCUGACAGAGAACAAGGAAAAAGGCGGUUUGUUCAGCGGACUCCUCAGAAAGACUCCAAAAACAGCUGUAGAGGAGAAUCUUUCGGCACAGAAAGAACUUUCAGCCAGCAACGACAGUCUGUCCGAGACCGCCAACACCAAGGAGAAAGGAGGUGCGUUCAGUGGAAUAUUCAAGAAGUCAUCAAGACUUGCAGACGGUCAUCACACUGAAGAUGAAAAGCAAUCAGAAGAUGAUGAGCUCUCAGGAAGCACUGAAGCGCUGUCCGAGAACAACACAAAGGAAAAAGGAGGAAUAUUUGCUGGAAUGUUCAAGAAAGCCCCCAAACCUGCAGAAGCUGCUCAGCCUGAGGAGGACGAGUCUGCUGACAAAGAGCUCUCAGCCAGCAAUGAGAAUUUAUCAGAGGGCAAACAGGAGAAAGGUGGAGGUUUGUUCAGAGGCCUCAACAAAAAGCCUCCUAAAGCGUCUGGAGAAAAAACAGAGUCACCGGAUGCAGAGGCUCGGAAAGAGUUGUCUGCCAGCAACGACGACCUGUCUGAGAAUAACACCACUAAGGAGAAAAACAUUUUCAGCAACAUGUUCAAGAAGCAACAGAAACCAGCAGAGGGCGCUGCAGCAGAGAAGGAGCUGGAGGUGAACAGUGAAAGUCAGAUAUCUGGUAGCUGUGAGAAUCUGUCUGAUGCCCCAAAGGAGAAAAAAGGAGGCCUGGCUGGCAUCUUCAAACGAUCAGGCAGCAUCGACAACCUGUCUGAUGAGGAGAAAGGCGGGCUGUUCAGUGGACUCCGUAAGAAAACACCCAAAGCGUCUGGAGAUGAGGCGGCUGUAGAGGACAAAGAUGAUCAGAUGGAGCUGACGGCGAGUAAUGACAGUCUGUCAGAAACCAACAACACUAAGGAGAAAAGUAUUUUUAGUGGCAUGUUCAAGAAGACUCAGAAACCAACAGAGGGGGCUACAACGGAUGAGGAGCUGGAGGUGAACAGUGAAAGUCAGAUAUCUGGUAGCUGUGAGAAUCUGUCUGAUGCCCCAAAGGAGAAAAAAGGAGGCCUGGCUGGCAUCUUCAAACGAUCAGGCAGCAUCGACAACCUGUUUGAUGAGGAGAAAGGCGGGCUGUUCAGUGGACUCCGUAAGAAAACACCCAAAGCGUCUGGAGAUGAGGCGGCUGUAGAGGACAAAGAUGAUCAGAUGGAGCUGACGGCGAGUAAUGACAGUCUGUCAGAAACCAACAACACUAAGGAGAAAAGUAUUUUUAGUGGCAUGUUCAAGAAGACUCAGAAACCAACAGAGGGGGCUACAACGGAUGAGGAGUUAAACUGGGAUGAGGAUAACACGUUCUAUGGCAGUGGUGAAAAUCUCUUAGAAACAACCACAUCAAAGGAGAAGAGUGGUGGACUGGCAGGGAUCUUCAGAAAGUCUCCAAAACCAGCUCCUCGAUCGGUCGCUUCAGAGGAUCCUCUCACUGCCUCUAAGGAACUGUCCGCCAGCUGCGACAGCCUCGUAGAAACUGCUGAGGAUGACCUUCCUCGAUUAUCGGCCAGCACAGAUAAUCUUGUAGAAGCUUCAAGUGCCACGAAGGAGAAAAAAGGAGGGUUUGCUGGAAUCUUUAGAAGAACGCCUAAAACAAUUGAACAUCAGGAAAGUGCCGACAUGGAGUCUCCACAAGGAGGCGGGCUGAGACGCAGUAGAACUAUCAAGAAAAAAAGACGAGUUACUUCAUUCCGAGUCAAGAAAACUCUUCCCAAAGUACCCAAACUUAAUCUGACAUCUCAGAGUUCAGAUAAGAUGCCUAUUAUUGAGGAGGCUGUUGAGCUGCAGGAGCUGAACCCAGCACAGGAGAGCUCAGUGGAGGUUCAGCCUGUGGAGAUGGCAUCUUUCUCCACUGAAGAAAACCCACUGGAAGCUGACGAGGAAAAUGAUGAGUUGAUGGAGUGGUGGAACACUGUCAAAGGUUGGGCAGAGUGGAACGAGACAUCCAAUUUCCAGGAGGAUGAUGAGGAAAUGGCGAUGGAGCAGGCAGCUGAUCGUGUCUACAUGGCCGCCCGUCUGUUCGUGCGUCUCUUCAACAAUCGGGGGGCGUCCCUGCAGGGUCGCAUCCUGGAGCUUGUGGCUCUGGCCGACGCUGCAGAUGAGUUCCACAAGAAAACGGUGAAGGCUGCUGUGGGUGGAGGGGUGGCCAGCGUCGCUGGCAGCGUGGCGACAAUCACGGGCCUCAUUCUGGCACCUUUCACUUUCGGUGCGUCGAUUAUCGUCACGGCGGUGGGGAUCAGCGUGGCGACAGCGGGCAGCAUCACCUCGGCGACGGCCAACAUCACCGAUACGGUUCACUCCAGCAUGGACCGUAAGAAGCUGGAGAAGAUGAUCCAGGGCUACCAGGAGGAGAUCAAAGACAUCAGGGAGUGUUUGGAGUUUGUGCAGGCGGGUAUGGACACCCUGCAGGAGUGGGACUUUGAAAAGUACUCUGAGAGUACUGCCAAGAAGGCGCUGAACCACAACCUCAAGCACGUGAUGAAGGAGGGCGGUCGCGCCGGAAAAGCCCUGAUGAUCAACACCGAUAAGCUCAUCAGCACUGUGCAGAUUUUGGGUGCUGCAGGCGGCGCCGCCAAAGCUGCCCAGGCCAUCAGCGUCACCACAGGGGUCAUGUCAGCGCUCUUCCUCGCUCUGGACGUUUUCUUCCUCGCCAAGGACUCCCAUGAGCUCCGCAAAGGCGCCAAGACAAAGUUCGCCACCAAGAUCAGGGACGUAUGUAAAGAACUUCAGGAUGGCCUCCUGGAGCUGAACAAGGUGAAGACGCAGCUGCAGAAGACCAUGGACGGCAUCGAGGUGGAGGAGUACGAGGAAAUUGAGGAGGUGGAGGUGGAAGUUGACGAUGAAUUGGAGUCGGAUCCGAAGAAGCUGGCUGAGCUGGAGCAGGAGCUGGACCUCCUUGAGGAGAAACUGGACAAGAAGGCAGAGGAGCAGCAGAAGAGUAAAGGGAUGGAGAAGGAAAAUUUGAAAAGUAAGAAACAGGAGGAGAAGAGCAUGAAGGAGAAAGAAGAGGUGGGAAAGGAUGCUAAGAAAGAAGGAAAGAAGGAAAGCAAGGACAAAGUUGAGGGAGAAAACAAGCUUGAGAUAAAAAAAUUAGAUAAGAUCUCUGACGAGGAAGUGGAGCAGAAAAAUGAGACCGUCAAAGAAGCCAAAGAGGAGGUUUUAAAAGAACAGUCUCAGAAAGGAAAGAAGAAAGACAAAGAGACUGAAAACCGAAUUACGGCUGGAAAAGAAAAAUAUGAAAGCAAGAGAGACACGGCAAAAGAAGAAAAUGUUCCAAAUAAAAAGGCAGGUGAGAAGGAAAAAGAACCAGAGGAAAUAAAGAUCCGAUCAGGCCAUUCAAAACAACAGGAACAGGUUGAAAAAGUACAUUCUGGAAGGAGUAAGAGCAGCAGAGAGGUAGACAGAGGGAUAACCAAAGAAAAAGAGGUGAAAAGUGUGAGUACGGGGAGGCGCAGGAGCGAGAAAGAUCAACCCCAUAAGAGUGAAAGGGGGAGCGUGCACGAAACGAAAGAGACGGACAAGGACAGAGGCAGCCGGCGAGAGGAGGAGAGAGGAGCGAGGAACUGGAGGGCUGAGGUGGCUAAAAGUAGAGACGGCAAGGAAGGAAGAGAAUCAAAGAGGGAGGAUCACGCGAGGAAAGAUUCGCACCGGAGUCACGGAGCGUCGUCGGGGAGGGAGCGUCAGGAGAGAGAUCGGGGGCACAGCAGAAAGGGAUCUGACUCGGAGAGGAGUCACCACAGGAGAGGAUCAGACGAGCACAGGGAGAGAGGAGACGAGAAGCGAGGGAGCAGGAUCGAGAGCGCGAGGAGGCAGUUCGAGCGAGCCGGGGGAGAGAAGGAGGAGGAGGAGGAGGAGAGGGGGAAGAGGAGAGAGGACGGGGGGAGUCAGAGGGGGGAGAGAGAGAGGAGAGGGAGUGACAGAGACAGAGAGCACCGACACAGCCACCGAGGAUCUCGAUCGCGAUCCAGCGUGCUGCUGGAGGACGGACUUUAUAUUUAGUUUUAAAGACGUCACAAUAAUCCUUUUUCAAAGAUUAGGUUUAGAUUCUUUUAAAGGGACAGUACACCUCAAAAUCUGUAGUGCGAUUUAUCCAUGGACGUAGUGUUUUGGAGAUGUCAACAAAAGAGAUAUUUGUCUUCUCUGAAUAUAUUGGAACUAGACGGCGCUCGUCUUGUGGUGCUCCAAGCACCAAAACACACAUUUUAUGAAAUCAACAGGAAGUCUCUUUCCUGAAAUCAUGACUCAAGGACCUGGUUUUUUAGCAGUUUAAUGCACAAAACAUUUACUAUUCAAGACUUCCUCGACUGAACUGGAACUUCCCGUGUGUGUGGAAAUGUCACGUGAUUAUGGCCUCGUUCAUUAAAUUCAUCAUAUUGUGAAGUUUUUGUUUGUUGAAAACUCAGAUAAGACUUUGAAUGCCAAUAAGGUGCUUUUAUCAGCUUCUGCACCAGUGUUUCUUUGGAUACGACCACUAGGAGUUUUAUCACUUCCUUCCUUUUUCUUUUUUUAAAAAGUGCUUUUUUGUUUGUUAGUUUGUUUUGGUGCCCCAGGAUCAGAUUUCUUCACAGCAAAGCACAUUUGUCACUUAAAGCAACAGAACAGCUGAUUGUUGAGUCACGCCGACAGGUCGCCAAAUACUGACGCUUUGGACCUGAGCUGCUAUCCCACGGCGUCAGUAAUUGAUUUUUUUUGCUUUAAUCCGUAGACAGGCUGCUUGUUAACGAGUUCUGAUUUCAGAUCACCUUUAAACAUAUCUAAAACCUUUUCAUGUGUUUCUAAAACAUGUAUUUCUGAACGGUGUCUGUUACUUUAUAUAUUUCUGGUGUUUCAGGGUAAAACUACUUGUUUUUUGCAGUAGGAUUGUUGAAGUCUGUAUUGUGCCUUUUUAUAUGAACACACUGUGUGUAUAUUGUGUUGUCUAGUGGACCAGUGUUAUGUCACAAAAACACCAGUAUGUGAAGAGUUUUUCAUGCAGUCGUUGUAUCUCAGGAAGUACAGAAACGUGCUCUGGGGAGAUGUACCAAUGAUAAUCACCAUUCCUGGAAAUUAAUCAUGAGUUUUUGGUCUUUACGAUCAUCUGUUAGUAUUUCCACUCAGUGCACUUUAGUCAGGCGUUGCCUUCCUCACGUCUGCGCUCUCAAGUUUGACAUCAGGAAUGACUACUUCCUGAUGUUUCUGCAAUGUUGUGCAAUGGUACAAUUUUUCUGUUUUCAUCACCGGUGUCUUCUUUCAUAUUUUAUAUGUUUGUCAUUUUAUAUGGGUAAAUAUUUUUUAUGGUGCUGGUUUCUUACUGAACAAAUAAAUUGUUAGAACUACUGAACGGUA